CACCAGUCAGACAGGCGCGCAGAGGGCGGAUGAGAGGCUCUCUCUCUCUAGCGAGCUCGCCCUUUUCUAAUAAGCUCUUUCCGCUUGGAAAUUAUUGGACGCAAGCGUACUACCUACCACUAAACCGGACUUAUUUGUUUCUUUUAACAACUACUCUCCUCUUUUUUUUGUGGCUCUCUGAAGUUCUAAACAGGACCUUUUCUGGAGUGUCUCUUAUCUGAAAAUGAUGGGAAACUAAUGGCCUUUUUCAUGCGGGAGUCUGGUUGUGCGCUCUGAAGGUGCAGAAUGAAAAGAUGGCGCUGCUUGUACCGCCAGGACCAGACAGCUUCCGCCGUUUUAGUCGCAAUUCCCUCGAAGCCAUCGAGAAGCGGAUCGCAGAGGAAAAUGCCAAAAAAACAAAGGGAGAUAAGAGAAAACGCAACGAAGAGGAUGAACCCAAGCCUAGUCGCGACUUGGAAGCGGGGAAGUCUGUCCCCCUGGUGUACGGGGAGGUCCCAAAAGGAUUGGUCUCCACACCGGUGGAAGACCUGGACCUCUUCUACAGUAAUCAAAAAACGUUCAUAGUAAUAAACAAAGGAAAUUUCAUCUUCCGGUUCAACGCUGCUCCAGCUUUGUACCUCCUCAGCCCUUUCAACCCCCUUAGAAGAAUAUCUAUUUGGAUUUUGGUCCACUCAUUAUUCAGCUUGGUGAUCAUGUGCACUAUCAUCACCAACUGUGUAUUCAUGACACUGAGUCGGCCGCCCGACUGGGCCAAGAAUGUCGAAUACACAUUUACUGCAAUCUACACAUUUGAAUCUCUCGUUAAGAUUUUAGCCCGAGGGUUCUGCAUAGGGAAGUUCACCUUUCUUAGAGAUCCGUGGAACUGGCUGGACUUCUCUGUCAUUGUCAUGGCGUAUGUCACCGAGUUUGUAAACCUUGGCAGUUUCUCCGCUCUUCGCACGUUUAGAGUGCUGAGAGCUUUAAAAGCAAUUUCUGUGAUCCCAGGAUUGAAGACAAUCGUUGGUGCGCUGUUCCAAUCAGUAAAGAAGCUCGCUGAUGUGAUGAUCCUCACUGUCUUCUGCUUGAGCGUCUUUGCCCUCAUAGGGUUACAACUAUUUAUGGGUCAUUUAAAGCAGAAAUGCGUCUUUAUGCCAGUACACAAUAAUUCCACCAUCAAUGGCACAUUUUCAAAUGAGACCUACAUGAACAUAACAGAUCACAGUACCCAGGAAGACGCUUUCAACUGGACUGAGUAUUCACUUGAUGAGAAAAAUUACUAUUACCUCAAAGGCGAACGGGAUCCGUUGCUUUGUGGAAAUGGCAGUGAGGCUGGCCAGUGUCCAGAAGGGUUUUCGUGCAUCAAAGUGGGAAAGAACCCAAACUACGGUUACACCAGUUUUGACUCAUUUGGAUGGGCAUUCCUUUCUCUCUUUAGACUCAUGACUCAGGAUUUUUGGGAAAAUCUGUACCAGAAGACAUUACGAGCAUCUGGAAAGCCCUACAUGGUGUUCUUUGUUUUGGUCAUAUUCCUUGGCUCCUUCUACCUAAUUAACCUGAUCUUGGCCGUGGUUGCUAUGGCGUACGAGGAACAGAGCCAGGCCACCAUUAAGGAGGCUCAGGAGAAGGAGGAGGAGUUUCAGGCCAUGCUGGAACAAGUCAAACGACAGCAAGAAGAUGCUCAGGCCACAGCGGUGGUGUCCGCAGAGCACGGCGAGGUCAGCGACCCCGCCGGUGGCAUGAUGGAGAGUUCCUCGGAAACCUCCAAGCUGAGCUCCAAAAGUGCCAAAGAGCGAAGCAACAGGCGGAGAAAAAGAAAGGACGAGAGCAAGAUCUCGAAGUCCGAGUCUCAGGAGAGUAUUAAGAAGGCCCGAUGUCGCUUCUCUAUGGAGCCCAAUGUGCUCAACUAUGACAUGAAGUGCUCAUCAGCUCACCAGUCCUUUCUGAGUAUUCACGGACCCCCAUUCUCAUCCAGACGGAACAGCAGGACCAGCCUUUUCAGUUUCCAAAGCCAAUCACAAGAUGUCUGCUCAGAAAAUGAGUUUGCAGAUGAUGAGAACAGCAUUUUUGAGGACUACCGGAGUCGAAGAACUUCUUUGUUUUUCACCCGGAGGUGUGACCGCCACGGCAGCAGUAUCAGCCAGUCCAGCUUCUUGCCACAUCCGGUGCUUUCACCCUGCAGGAUGAAGCAGAGCACUGUAGACUGCAAUGGAGUAGUGUCCUUAAUGGCUGUCGAUUCAAUCCCGUUAUCACCUAUGGGGCUCUUUCGUCCUAAACUCGUAGAUAGGACCUCCAAUAGAGACAAAGCUGACACCACGGACACUGACGGGGGAACCAACCAGGAAUGUACCGACUUUCCUGAGGACCCAGGGGUCAGGGACAGAACCUUUAGCGUAGCCAGUGUCAUAACCAGCACAAUGGAAGAGCUUGAGGAAUCGAGACAGAAGUGUCCCCCCUGCUGGUAUAGUUUUGCAAACACUUUCCUCAUCUGGGAAUGUUGUCCAGUUUGGCUCAAGAUCAAGAAGGUGGUCAAAAUCAUUGUGAUGGAUCCUUUUACGGAUUUAGCAAUCACUAUCUGCAUUGUACUCAACACCUUAUUUAUGGCCAUGGAGCACUACCCAAUGACUAAAGACUUCGCCAAGACGCUGAGUGUGGGCAAUAUGGUAUUCACUGGCAUCUUCACAGCUGAAAUGGUCUUCAAAAUCAUCGCUAUGGAUCCCUACUAUUACUUUCAGGAAGGAUGGAACAUUUUCGAUGGGAUCAUUGUCAGUUUAAGUUUAAUGGAGCUCGGGUUGUCCAAUGUUGUUGGAAUGUCUGUCUUGAGAUCAUUCCGAUUGCUGCGAGUGUUCAAGUUGGCCAAGUCAUGGCCGACUCUCAACACCCUUAUCAAAAUCAUUGGCAACUCUGUGGGGGCUUUAGGAAACUUGACACUAGUGCUGGCCAUUAUCGUCUUCAUCUUUGCUGUAGUGGGCAUGCAGCUAUUUGGGAAAAGCUACAAGGAUUGUGUGUGUAAAAUCUCCAGCGACUGCACCAUGCCCCGCUGGCACAUGAGUGACUUUUUCCAUUCAUUCCUCAUUGUGUUCCGAGUGCUUUGUGGAGAGUGGAUAGAGACCAUGUGGGACUGCAUGGAGGUGGCUGGACCAACCAUGUGCAUCACUGUCUAUAUGAUGGUCAUGGUUAUUGGAAACCUUGUGGUGCUCAACCUGUUCCUGGCCUUGCUACUGAGUUCAUUCAGUGCGGACAACCUGGCUGCCACCGAGGACGACAGCGACACAAACAAUUUGCAGAUCGCCAUUGCACGGAUCCAUAAAGGCAUCGCCUUUGUCAAAUCCCUACUUCAGAGCACUUGUCACAGCGUCUGUAUGGGGAAUAACGGGCAAACCCAGGGAGAGGACAAAUCAUCCCUCGACGAUUUUCAUAAAACUUCAGGACCCAACGGCGUCCCUAACCAUACCAUUAAGGAGCUACCGAGGAAUGGAAAUGGCGAUGUGACUGGAGUGGACAAAAGUGGGGACAAAUACAUUGUAUGCAGCAAGACUGAUGAUUCCAUUAUGUCCUUCAUCAACAACCCCAGUCUGACUCUCCAUGUUCCCAUUGCGGUGGGAGAGUCUGACUUUGAAAACCUCAACACUGAGGACUUCAGCAGUGUCUCAUCCGACCCAGCGGGAUGCCGUGUGACAAUCGAUGAUGAUGGCCAAGUCAGCACCUCCGAGGGCAGCACGGUGGACUUGGGGGAAAAAGACGGAGACUCUCUAGAUUACGAAUUAGAGGAAUCUAUGGAACCAGAUGCCUGCUUUCCUGACGUUUGUGUACAGAGGUUCCAGUGUUGCCAAGUAAAUGUUGAGGUGGGCUGGUGGAAAAUAUGGUGGACUAUCAGAAAGACCUGUUUCCGAAUAGUGGAGCACAACUGGUUCGAGAGCUUCAUCAUUUUCAUGAUCCUGCUUAGUAGUGGCGCUUUAGCUUUUGAAGACGUCUACAUUGAAACCAGGAAGAACAUAAAAGCAAUGUUGGAGUAUGCAGACAAAAUGUUCACCUACAUCUUCAUCUUGGAGAUGUUACUGAAGUGGGUGGCCUACGGCUAUGCCAAGUAUUUCACAAAUGCCUGGUGUUGGCUUGACUUCCUCAUUGUUGCUGUUUCACUGGUCAGUCUGGUAGCCAACACUAUGGGAUUUGCUGAACUUGGGGCCAUAAAGUCUCUGAGAACCUUGCGAGCUCUGAGGCCCUUGAGAGCCCUUUCGAGGUUCGAGGGGAUGAGGGUGGUUGUCAAUGCACUGCUGGGGGCAAUUCCUUCCAUCUUCAACGUACUGUUGGUGUGCCUCAUCUUCUGGCUCAUCUUCAGCAUCAUGGGCGUGAAUUUAUUUGCGGGAAAGUACUAUCACUGUGUCAACAAAACCACAGAUAAGCCUUUCCUGCCCAGUGAGGUGAAGAACAUGACACAAUGUUUGGGCUUGGGGAAGGAUGCUGCUCGUUGGAAGAAUAUCAAAAUCAACUUUGACAAUGUGGGACUGGGGUACCUUGCCCUGCUGCAAGUGGCUACGUUUAAGGGCUGGAUGGACAUCAUGUAUGCUGCGGUGGACUCUCCAAGCAAGCAUGAAGAACAGCCAGGUUAUGAGAUCAACCUGAAGAUGUAUCUGUAUUUUGUUGUUUUCAUCAUAUUCGGCGCCUUCUUCACACUCAACCUCUUCAUUGGUGUCAUCAUUGACAAUUUCAACCAGCAAAAGAGAAAGUUUGGAGGCCAAGACAUCUUCAUGACUGAAGAACAGAAGAAAUACUACAAUGCCAUGAAAAAGCUGGGCUCCAAGAAACCACAAAAACCUAUUCCAAGACCAUCAAACAAGAUUCAAGCCUAUAUAUUUGACAUGACCACAAAACAAGCAUUUGAUGUAGUAAUCAUGGUUCUCAUAUGGCUAAACAUGGUUGCCAUGAUGGUGGAAACUGAUGACCAGUCGGAUAAAAAGAAAGAAAUCCUAAGCUGGAUCAACGGAGUGUUCAUUUGCGUCUUCACGGGCGAAUGUUUGAUGAAGAUGAUCGCACUCCGCCAGUACUUUUUCACCAACGGUUGGAAUGUGUUUGAUUUCAUCGUCGUCGUUCUCUCAAUUAUAGGUAUGUCUCUCUCUGAGCUGAUUGAGAAAUAUUUCGUGUCACCAACUCUGUUCAGAGUCAUCCGGCUGGCUCGAAUUGGACGCGUCCUCCGCCUUAUUAAAAGUGCCAAAGGAAUCCGCACCCUUUUGUUUGCCUUGAUGAUGUCACUUCCUGCCUUGUUCAACAUUGGUCUUCUGCUUUUUUUGGUGAUGUUUAUCUACGCCAUCUUUGGCAUGUCAAACUUUGCCUACGUGAAGAAGGAAUCGGGCAUCGACGACCUUUUCAACUUUGAGACGUUUGGCAACAGCAUGAUCUGCCUGUUCCAGAUCACCACUUCGGCCGGGUGGGAUGGCCUCCUGGCUCCCAUUCUCAACAAAUACGAAGACGACUGCGACAGUACCAUGGAGCAUCCUGGCAGCGCUGUCAAAGGUGACUGCGGCACUCCUUCAGUGGGCAUCGCUUUCUUUGUGAGCUACAUCAUCAUUUGCUUCCUUAUUGUGAUAAACAUGUACAUUGCGGUCAUCCUGGAAAACUUUGGCGUAGCCACGGAGGAGAGUGCCGACCCUCUGAGCGAGGACGAUUUUGAAAUGUUUUACGAGGUUUGGGAAAAGUUUGAUCCCAGCGCAACCCAGUUCAUGGAGUACGACAAGUUGUCGGAAUUUGCAGAUGCUUUGGACCCGCCGUUACGCAUAGCCAAGCCAAACAAGAUCGAACUCAUCUCGAUGGAUCUUCCCAUGGUGAGCGGCGAACGCAUCCACUGCCUGGACAUUCUCUUCGCUUUCACUAAACGAGUUCUGGGUGAGGGUGGGGAGAUGGACAUACUAAGGGCGCAAAUGGAAGAAAGAUUCAUGGCCUCCAAUCCUUCCAAAUUGUCCUACGAACCUAUCACGACCACCCUUCGCCGCAGGCAGGAGGACACGUCGGCCACGGUCAUCCAGAGAGCAUUCAGAGAGCAUUUGCGGAGACACACCGCUGCCAAAAUCUUGGCGGGAGCCAAAGACGACAUUCCAAAGGACGAAAAGCCAGUCGACAAAGAAGACCCCGUCACGGACAAACUCAAUGAAGUUUGUAGCUCAGACAUAAAGGAACCUUCAACCUAUCAACCGUCUGAAAACGACAAUGGCAAAGACCGCACGGAGCAUGAUUCAUAAGAAUGUCGGAGAUGCCGCAAAGACAUUGUAAGUAAUGACAAAAUGUUUACAGUGGCAUUGGACUCCUUCUCAAAGUAUGGAUUAUCUAUGCCAAACGGACUUUUUCGCUCAUGAGCCGAAAGGUUGGUGCCUAAAAGGGAAACGUGGCUCAUUCAGGCGGCAGUGAAACUAUUUUCUAGAAGCGAGACUGGUGAGUAAGGACGGGCAACAUUUCUCAAGUGUUCGGAAAAAACGCAGUAGUUCAUGCUUUACUUUCUCUUGCAGCUAGCUCUGCUACACAGUGUCUUGGAUUAUUAUAACUAUAUCACUGACUGGUGAAUUAUUUUGCCGAACUAUUUUAAAAGCGAAGAAAUUCUUUCUCAAUCUGUCGAUUGCCUUUUCAUACGCUUUGUUUUUUUUACUUUUGAAAUGUGUGUUUUUUUCAUGAUUGCUUUCACGCUAGCUGUGUGUAGAAUACUUGAAAAAGAAAAAAAAAAAACGUCAGACUUGCUGCAGCCAAUGUGGAUUCACAUGAAUGUAUUUCCCGAAUUAUGCAUGUGGUGUGGAGGAUAUUUUCAUCAGCUGCUUGCUUCGUGAUGCGAAGCAAAUAAUCAUGACACGGCCGGUUUAUUAAAUACAGUGCUACAUCCAAAAUUGACGAUCCAUUCUGUCACUUUGGUUCAGAGUCAACAAUUUUCCAUACCAUUUACUAUCCAGCGAAUACCAUCGGUGCAAAAAUUGCAUUAACUGUACAGGUGAUUUUUUUUAAAUUUGUGAUACAAGCCUGAAGGGAACUACAGUAUAUAAUAAACUGUUUACUUUAGCACUCGCAAAUUUUCAUUCCGAGUUAGCUGACUUUGGAUCUUCCACUGUAUCUUCCAUGUUAACAGAUACAUCAACUCAAGCCAGUGAUUCCUAACAUUUUUUGAGCCAAGGCACAUAUUUUACAGUAGAAAAAAAAUCUCACAGUAAACUGCCAAAAAAUGUCCUUCUGCCUUCUAGUGUAAGAGCAUUUAAUCGUUCUUCCUGUCACUAGACAAAGAUAUAUUAUUUGUAGUAACUAAAGCCAAACAUUUGGACCAACCAAGUGCAAUUAGGCAAUUUCCUGUGGCAAACAUAGUUGGGAAUCACAGCCAGCUAAAGUUUAAACAAGUCCAUCACGUUGACCUGUCAAGUGUCAGAUCAGUCACACUCGGCCUGUAAAAUUUGCACAUUCACUUUUGUUGCAUCAUCAUCGCGGUUAUCUCAGGCCACUGUGUUUUCCGGUGUACCGUUUUCCAUAAUGCUGAUUACAUGGAACCCGUAUCCUGAAAUAACUAAGAAUAGACUCCAGGCAGACUGAUUAUCAGUAAUAUUGUCUCGGUUGGGGCGUCGGUGUCACUAGUCAGUUCUCAAACCUGUUACGGAAGCCUAGGACAGGUCCUCCCUUCAUGUCUUACUGUUUGUUUUAAGUUGUAGCUAAUACAUCAACAAGCAUAUUAUUUAUUGACUAAAAAGUUGUGGAUUCUGCAUAAUAUUGGUUACUUAGGAUAUAAAGCUAAAUAGUCAGUUUUAUUGAGGCAGUCUGAGAUUUGAAUAGCCAGCAGAAGCUGUGAAUUGCAAAAUGCUCAAGCCAUUAAACAAGUCACUACUUUUUCAAGACACACCGGUUAAUAACAGCUGCUUCUUUUUUUUCCAUUUAAUUUAAGCCAGUGUGUCAUAAAUAUUUGUGUCUGACAUUUAAAUGGAUUUUUGUUUUACCUCACAAUAUUUAUCACGAUUUAUAUCAAAAUUAGAUGGUUGCGGGAAGUUUUUCUUUUAAAUGAAUGUACAAGUCGUCACAAAUUCAGCGUGACCUCCUUCUUGUGUUUACAUUUUCUUGUGACAUUUUUGACAUUGGCUUGGUUUUCCCAUAUAGCAAAAUACAUCUACUGUUCCAUGUUAUGAGAGCAUCAUUACAUGAAUGUGAAUAUGUUUUGCAUGUCAUUCAAACAUUCAAUACAUACAUUAUUUGAUCAUGAUGACAAAAGCAUUGGAUGACAGAUUCAAAUAUCUCCCGUCAUUAAUAUGCAUAAUGCUUGUAGUGUAUAACGAUACUGCAUGCAAAACACUGCUAUAACCCAUUUCAGUGAAAAGCCAAAAGAAUAAAGACGACAUGUACCUCAA